AUGGCGCAGUCGAAUGAAGAACCCGUAUCCCUGAACAUUAAGCCUCCUGAAGCCUUUUCCUUCAAUCCUCACGACUGGAAGACAUGGAAGACUCGCUUUGAGAGGUAUUAUUCCCUUAGCAAUUUAGCUCUACAUUCUGGUAAGCAUCAGAUUGACAUGCUUAUAUACUGUAUGGGGGAAAAGGGAGAGGAUAUACUUAACUCAUUCAGGUUAAAUGACAAUGACAAAUCUAAUUACAAAGUUGUUCUAAAGAAGUUUGACGAUCAUUUCCUUCCAAAAAAGAACCUAAUUUUUGAACGGGCUAGGUUUCUAAAACUUAAACAGGGUUCCAUGCCGAUUGAGAACUUCAUCACAGACCUUCACAAUCAUGCAAAAAACUGUGAUUGGGGUCAGAUUGAAGAGGAGAUGAUUCUGAUGGUUUUGAUUAUUGGUAUGCAGGACGAAUCACUAAGUGAUCGUCUUCAACUUGAACCCGAAUUAAAACUUAACACAGCUAUUAACACUAUCCGCUUAGGUUCUAUUGAUGUUAAAUACAAAGUAGAACUGAAAAAUAACGCCAAUCCAUUUGCAAUCAACACACCUCGUCGGAUUCCUCUUCCUCUUUGGGAAUCUACUAAAGAAGAGCUUGAAAGAAUGGUGUCAAUGGGGGUGAUUGCUGAGGUACACCAUGCCACAGACUGGUGCUCUCCAAUGGUUGUUGUACCAAAGAAGGACUCUAACAAAGUUCGCAUCUGUGUGGAUCUUACUAAAUUAAACAGAUGCGUCAAACGAAGAUACUAUCCUAUUCAACCCAUCGACAUAACACUUGCCCAAAUCUCAGAAGCAAAAUGCUACUCUAAAUUGGAUGCUAAUAAUGGAUUCUGGCAGAUCACAUUGGACGAAGAAUCCCAAGAUUUGACAACGUUCCUGACACCGUUUGGACGCUUUAAAUUUCUGAAACUACCCUUUGGAAUAACAUCUGCACCAGAAGUAUUCCAGGAAUGCGUGAAUCGAACCCUUAAAGGUCAAAUGAAUGCACUUGCGCACAUGGACGAUAUAAUUGUUUGGGGGAAAACUCAACAAGAACAUGACUAUUUCUUAGAAGAAGUACUUACCAAACUUGAACGUGCAGGCUUCACCUUAAACAGAGACAAAUGUUUGUUCUCUCAAACCUCCUUAACCUACUUAGGUCACCAUCUAUCCGAAUCAGGAAUCAAAGUCGAUGAGACGAAAGUCGAAGCUAUAAGAAAAAUGGCACCUCCAACAGAUAUUUUGGGUGUACAAAGGUUACUUGGCAUGGUUAACUUUAUUGGCAAAUACAUACCUAACAAAAGUAGAUUACUAAAACCCAUUACCGACCUUCUAAGUAGAAAAAACGAAUGGUGUUGGGGGUUUGAACAACAGAAAGCAUUCGAUGAACUUAAAGAAUUAUUGGCAUCUCCACCUCAACUAGCAUUCUAUGACAAGGAUAAACCAACUAUGAUUUCUGCUGACUCAUCAACACAAGGCUUGGGUGGAGUACUUUUACAACAACAAACAGAUGGAAAUUGGAAACCUAUUUCUUAUAUUUCACGUACUCUGAGCGAAACCGAACGAAACUACUCUGACAUUGAACGAGAAGCUCUAUCUCUAACAUGGAGCUGUGACAAGUUUAAAGACUAUAUUGUGGGCAAGCACAUCACGUUGGAAACAGAUCACAAACCUUUAGUAAGUAUUUUGACUACUAAAGAGGUCAAUGAUAUGACACCCCGUCUUCAAAGGCUCAGACUUCGAAUGAUGAGAUAUUCCUACAAUGUUACAUAUACUCCUGGCAAACAUUUAGCAACUGCUGAUUGUCUCUCAAGAAGCCCUGUAGCAACUAAUGAGAGUUAUGAUUUGGAUGAGGAAGUUGAACUGGCCAUCCACACAGUAACAAGAAACAUUGCCUAUGUAACUGACAUGGUUCUUGAUAGAAUUGCAUCGGCACAGCGGGCUAGCUCAGAACUCAGGGUAAUUAAAUCUUACUGCUCAACUGAAUGGCCUGAUAAAACUAAGAUUCCCGAUAAUCUUAAGCCAUACUUCACAGUUCGGGAUGAAAUCUCUUUUUGUGACGGACUAUUGCUUAGAGGAGAACGUCUCAUAAUCCCGACAACUCUUAGACAAGAAAUGUUGACAAGAAUACAUACAGGCCACCUAGGCAUAACGAAAUGUCGACUUAGAGCCAACAAUAGUAUGUGGUGGCCAGGAAUGUCACUUGACAUUGAGAAAUUUGUUAAUGAUUGUCCUAAAUGUACUGAACAUAGAACACAACAUCAUGAACCCCUUUUGCCCAGUGAGCUUCCAUCUCGUCCUUGGGAAAAGGCAGCGAUUGAUCUCUUUAAACUUGAAGGGACAUGGUUCGUAGUUAUCACUGACUGUUUUUCACGUUAUUUUGAAAUAGCUACAUUAAAAAACCUGUCAACUGCUGAAAUAAUCGAAAAAUGUAAAUCUGUAUUUUGCCGUCACGGUAUACCAAUUGAGCUACGAUCUGAUUGUGGUACACAGUUUGCUACCAGAUACACUGGUCUUGAAAACUCUGAAUUCAAAACGUUUGCUCAAAGCUAUAACUUUAAACUUGUGACGAGCAGUCCAAGCUACCACCAAAGUAACGGUGCAGCUGAAGCUGCAGUCAAAAUAGCGAAGAGUGUGCUAAAGAAAAACAAAGACGACCCAUAUUUGGCCCUCCUAACCUACCGCAAUACACCUCUAUCCACAAGUGGAUACAGUCCUGCUCAGCUAAUAUACAACAGAUCACUGCGAGAUAAUCUGCCUGUUUUACCUAAAAAACUUGAAAUCAAACCCGAUCUCUCCCAACUACAGGAAAAAGAAGAUACUUACAGAGCAUCUUACAAGAGAAACUACGAUAGGCGCUACGCUACAAAAGAACUUCCAUCGCUGCCUGUAGGUAAAAAAGUAUGGAUCCAAGACCUAAAAAGAGAGGGGAUUAUUAUCAGCUUAGGACAAGAGCCAAGGUCAUACUGGGUUAAGACAGGAAACACUACGUUGAGAAGGAAUCGACACCACCUUUUGCCUUACAAAGGUAAUACAACCAAACCGAACAAUCCUAUUCCUUUAUCCAUUAAAGAUACAAUGCCAGAUACUCUGCCAUUUACUACUGUUACUCAAACCAACUCGUCCCUAUCAAAUACUACUGAAAAAGCAACUACUACUCCAUCUAGAACACCCCAAGAUUACAGUAAAUCUUUUUCACGAUCAACAAUUCCCAAUCAAGAAGCUGCAAUUAAAAAAUCAUCAAGAGGCAGAAUUAUAAGACCAACCAAACGAUUUCCUGAAUAA